AUGCUGACGUCGGAUGAAUCCCAGAUUGAGCCAAUCCGUUGGCCUUCGUCCGUGCACCUGCGCAGCGCACCACGUCCAUCAGUUCACUCCCGCCUGCAGUCGUCCCUUCCGGCCCACUCACUUCCUAGGCACUGCCCCCUCGCCCCGCAUCAUGCCAGUGGCGUGCUUGCGAGAGCUGGUGCAUGCGGGUCGCGCGAGCUGCAGGUGCCGUCUGGAUCUUCCCGGACGCGCCGCGGCAGGAGAGGGCUCGCCGUGCAUGCAGCGGCUGCCGACGUGACCGACGUUUCGCCGCCAACUCCGUUGCCGUCGUCGCUGGAGCUCGCAGUCCAGGUCGCGCCACUGCCCGCAUCCACCCCAGACUCCCCCAUCCUCCCUCUGCCCCUCCUCUCCUUUCCGUCUCAAAUCCUCGACCCCGCUGUGUCGUCUGCGGCCGAUGCCGAGACGCUCAUGAGCGUGUCGCUGCCGGCUGUCGAGCCGUCGUUGCGCCUGCAGCAAUCCGUUGCAUCGGCGGACGUGCGCGCGGCGGCAGCGGUGGUGGAUGCGGUGGUGCUGGGCGAUGCGAUGGGGCCGCCGCGGUCGGUGGAGGAUGCGAUUCGCAUGGCGAUGCAGGGCGCCAUGGAGGGCAGCGACGCGGACGACACGGCGGCGGAGGAAGCGGACGACGUUGUGGCGCGCGCGAGCAACCCCUUCCGCAUGCGCGCGCUUGAAAAGCAGCCUGCCGAGCCUUCGCCCGCUGCUGCGCCCGCCCCUGCGUUGACCAGUGCGGCAGACGCGAUGGCGGACGCAGGGGAGAAGCUAGCGGAGCUCGAGAGCGGACUGCAGAGCGCGUUGCAGAACUUGCUGCCACCUCUCAACUGGCCAAACCAGUCCGAUCCUCCCGCCGACGCGCCAACCAGCCCUGCGCCCGCGCCGCCCGCCGCACUCCCUGUCGCCGCGCCUCCACCAGUCGCUUCUGCGCCCGCGGCGCUAGCAGCGCCCGCGAGCAGCGACGGCGAGGAUCUGUCCGCCAAGUACCCCACGCUCUUCCGCCUGCUGCGCGAGCCUUCCUCUCUUCUGUCCUGGGGUGACGGCAGCGGAGGCGGAGCGGAGGGCGAGCGGUGGGGAGUGGAGAGCGUGGUGGAGGCGGGAGAGGAGGCGCUGGAGCUGCUGGGGGGGGAGCUGGACAUCACGUUCCCCGACUUCCGCCCCGGGGACGCGCUUAUCGCGCUCUCCUCCGCGCUCAGGGGCUUCAUGCGCCAGCCCGCCGAUGACAAGAUCGCGCAGCUCGCGGCGGCCGGCGCGCUGUACGUGUACCUGACGGUGCGGCCCGGCGUGCUGGCCGGCGCCCUGGACGCGUACAUUGCGGCGCCGCUGCAGUCGCUGACCGACACGGUGAGGGGCCGGCGGAAGUUCCGACGCACGGACUUCGUGGUGGGACGGCGGCUGGGCGAAGGCAACUUCGGCACCGUGUACGAGGGCGCGCUGAAGAAGAAGGGCAAGGCGAGCGAGGAGGAGGAGUUCGGGCGCAGGUCCAGACAGCUGGAGGACCUCGAUGAGCGCGAGAUCAAGAGCCGAGUCAUUCUCAAAAAGGUGAAGACGAGGGUGAUGGGAGGGGAGCAGAGUGGGGAGAUGGAGGAGUGGUUCAACCGCCGCAUGCAGCGCGUGGCGCCUGAGGCCUGUGCGCGCUUCAUGGGCUCCUUCACUGCUGACGUCACUCGCGCUCAGUUCACUGAAGGGGGCAAAUGGCUCGUCUGGAACUAUGAGGGCGACCGCACAUUGCUGGACUACAUCCGCGACAGGGACUUCCCAGACAACGUGGAGGAGGCCAUCUUUGGCCGCGGGCAGGUGGUUCUGCAGGGCCUGGACCCGGUGGCACGGCAGGCCGUCACAGUCAAGCAGGUGCUGCGCCAGAUGCUCAUCUCCCUCAAGAAGAUGCACGCCACGGGCAUCGUGCACCGCGACCUCAAGCCCUCCAACCUCGUGCUCACCAACAGCGGCCGUGUGAAGCUGAUUGACUUUGGGGCGGCAGCUGACCUGCGCAUCGGCAUGAACUACGAGCCCGAGCUCGCUCUGCUUGACCCUGACUAUGCCCCUCCGGAGCAAUUUGUGCUGCCUGAGGAAACACCUAGUCCACCUGCUGCGCCCAUCGCUGCCAUGCUCUCCCCAGCACUCUGGCAGCUGAACCACCCGGACCUGUUUGACACGUACAGCGUGGGCAUCAUCUUCCUGCAAAUGGCAUCGCCCACGCUGCGCUCGCCAGCGGGCCUGCAGACGUUCAAGAAGGAGCUCAGGGCAGCGCGCUACGACCUCAAGCGCUGGCGCAAGGAGACGCGCAUGCGCCCCGAUCUGCGCGUGCUGGACCUGGAGGGCGGGGCUGGCUGGGAUCUGGUCACACGCCUUGUGUGCGAAAGGGGCACAUGGCGCAAGGGACGCCUCUCCGCCGCCGAGGCUCUGCGUCACCCAUACCUGCUGCUAGGCGUGGACCAGGCUGCCACUGCCUUCUCCAAGCUUACCCUGUCUAGAUAG